AUGUCGUAUUCCAACGGCAGCGGCGGCACUCUCACCCUUCCUUCGCCAAAUAGCGUCCAUCACGUCGAUGUCACCGCUGCGGUGCGCUCGUUGAGACGCUCCAUCUCCCGCUCGCCUUCAAAAUUCAACCUUGUGAGGGCAGCAUCUCAGAGCUCCGACGGCUCUCUCUCAUCUCCAAAUUCACCAUCGCCCUGUCGUGUCAUUCAACGUCCCAUGCCACCGGCAUCGGCCCCUCAUCUGUCACAUCAAUACUCACAGUCCAACCUUGCAACACCCUUCCGAGCUGGUGUGAAGCUCUCCCUGCGCUCUGGCAAACCGAAGGCCGCAUCUGCGAAGCCCAUCUCGAGAACUCAUCGCGUGUCCCCUAAGAGCCCCAUCAAGCGAGCCUUGAGCAACACAACAGACUCUGGGAACUCGACACUCUCGUCUUCACCGCCUGCCGCGGAUCCGUUGACGGGCCAGGAGAACGACCUCUUUGGAAACUUCCCGAUGACCGUGAGCCCCACUUCACGCAAGAGCUCCGAGAAGCACCACUCGCGUCACUCCAUGCAUCUCGACGUGUCUGGAGCCUCCAAAAACACCUUCCCUCGUCUGUUCGAUUUCAAGACCGAUACAAUACCCUCAAACUCAAUCAGUCCAUUGAAGCGCAGCGAUGCGGCCAUGAAUCCCGACCAGGCACAUGUGGACAAUCCGGUUGCGAAGCGUCGCAGUCUGCACGGGAUUUCAAACUUCCCCGUAGAGGGUUCCGACAUAUUUGACGCGUCAUCCCCAACCCCACAAUAUUUCGAGAUCCACGAGGAUCGAAACAAGGAAUACGAGCUGGAGAGCGAGAUAUCAAUAUUCCGAGACAACUUGGCAUCGCCAACGCCAGCCGCGAUGCCACGCCGCUCCGACUCCUUGCGCAAGUCAACUCUUCAGCAACGGCAGGACGAUAGAUCGUCCUGGGGGCGACGGCAGGGCGAAAAGCACCUGGCGCAAAUUGGCGCUGAAGCGUCAACUCCCAAUAUCCGAAACAGACCGCGUGUGUCCCUGGAUCAAUUUGUACAACCAGCCCUGUCCCGCGACAGCCCUUUUUCCGCGCAGCCGCCCUUGCCGAACCCGUCGCUGCACAUGCUGGACCGACACAACGCUCCGCCGCAGCCGCAUCCCUUGUCGCGAUCGCUCACAACAUCUUCCUCCAACUCGAGCAUCGCAGACGAAUCUCCAACUCACGUUCCUGUUCAGUUCGACAAGCCGAGAGCUCAUCCGUUCGCGAAGUCCCUCCCUCUAGGGGCGCGGCCCGCCCACGAUGGUGGUAGCAGGAAUACGGCGACUCCGGCCUAUAAAUCUGCGAGACCCCUUCAGGAUGCCUUCAAGUCGACGGGCUUGAUCUCGAAGGUGAACCGCAACCCAGAGAAGGAUCCUUCGUUUGGUGGGUCGAAAGCAGUCAUGCCCGACACCCCAUGCAAGAAGCCAAUCUACCCUUCAAACACGUAUCCACCUUCGUCUGGCGGCGGCAAGGGACGCCAUCGUCACUCUUUCGGUUCGCCGUCCAGUCCGUUUGCCCCAGGACGCAAAGAUAACAACUUCGUCCUCGGCGAACCUGACAAGGUGGCUAGCUUGUUCAGACCUCUCCAAUCUGGCCAUACUCGCAAGAGCAGCAUCUUCAACUUCGAUUCGGACAUCGACCCCCAGAGCUUUGCUGAUAUCGAGUUCCCUCCCACGCCAACCAAAUCCGUUCUGUUUAGAAGCUUGGGCAAUUCCAGAUCGGUCGGUGCAGUAGGCGAGACCCCUUUCGCGAGGACAAUGCCAGCUCCGGUUUCUGCGGUUGGCUUCCGCGACCGUCGCCCAACACCCGACCCAAUGUGUAAGUUUGCACCUUUCAGGAAGAGCGCAACAGCCCCGAGCGGUGCGGAUCGAGCGUUCUUGAGGGCAGCCAAUACCACUGCUGCGCCUGGAGACGAUCUGUAUUCGCCAUUGCCAAAAUCCAUCCUCUCUUUUGGGGAUUCUCGGGCCCGUCAAGGCUCCCAUCUGACCCCCAAGCCGCUCAAGCUUCGUUCUACCACCCCAACCCUCUCGAGCCAAAGGAAAGUUGAGUUUGCUGAAACAAGCUGCGUGGUUACAGCCAGCCCAUUAGGACCUCUGGACAAUCUCAGAGCCAACUCCCCCAAGACUCCGUGCAGCAACAGCAACCUCAUGCCCCCCGACCCCAGUUCUCUCUCCAUCUCUAACCAUGAAGCACCGGGCAACACGACAUUUGGAUCGUUCCCACCGGCGACUCCAACCUCAAGACAUGUUGAUCACUUUGGGUUUGCCGACCGGCGCAUGAGCAUAACGCCCAUCAACGGUCACGGCCCAAGCGAUGUUGACAUGGUCCUCAAUUCUGUUUUCGACCACGUGGAACUAAUUGGAAAGGGGGAGUUCUCUCAGGUCUUCAAGGCGACAGAGAAUAGCGAACAGAAGUCACUGGCAUCCGUAAGCGGCACUCCUGGUACACCACCAACGCCGUCGCAGGCUCGUGUGUUCGCUGUGAAGAAGACACGCCUUCCGUUCUUCGGUGCAAAGGAUCGUGAGUCUAAGCUCAGGGAGGUGAGCGUACUGAAAGCCCUUCGGGGCCUUCCCCACGUGCUGCAGUACGUCGAGAGCUGGGAGAAGCAAUUCCAUCUCUACAUCCAAACGGAAUAUUGCGAGGAAGGUAGCCUUUCUGAGUUUCUGGGAAACGUCGGCUCUGCAGGCCGCCUGGAUGACUUCAGGAUUUGGAAAAUCCUGGUCGAGGCCAGCAUGGGCCUUAAAAGCAUCCAUGAAGCUGGUUAUAUUCACCUUGAUAUCAAGCCGGCAAAUAUACUGAUCAACUACGAGGGCAGCCUCAAAAUUGGGGACUUUGGCCUGGCGGCUGCUUGGCCAGCAGCUCGUGGCAUCGAAGGUGAAGGCGAUCGACGCUACAUCGCGCCGGAGAUCCUUCAAGGAAAAUAUGACAAGCCUGCCGACGUUUUCGCUCUUGGCUUGAUAAUGUUUGAGAUCGCCAGCAACGUUUGGCUUCCCGACAAUGGGCCUCACUGGCUAGCAUUGCGCGAGGGCAACUUCUCUGCUGUCCCGACUGGUCCUCUGACUGGGAGCGAAGCCGAUGCUCUCGUCCGAGAUGCGACAGGAAUGCCCAUCAUUGGGGACCUUGACACCACGACUGGAGUCUCUCCACUCCCUCAAGACGAACACACUAUUGGCGGGGCAUGUUCGCAAAACUUCCCAUUCGACUUCUCAGCCUCAUCUACCCAUGACGCCAGCAAUUUGUUUGGCAAUCCAAGGCGUGUGGAGCUCGAACACCCUCCCCAUUUUAUGGUCAACCCCGACCAUGCUGACUCGCUCGACAACAUCGUUCAGUGGAUGCUUGCCCCAGAGCCCUCCCAGCGCCCUUCUAUUCAACAAGUGCUAGACGUGGAGUCUGUCAGAUGGGUCACUACUCAUCGCCGUGCUGGUGCUACCGUGUUUGAGGGCAACUGGGGUCCUCAAGAGGAUGAAGAAGAUGACAAUCAGAGUGAUACGGUGAUGACGGAUGCCUAAAAAUACAUCACCAUUUGGGCAUUACUCGCUCCCAAUGCCACAUAUUGUGGAAACAUUUUGAUCGACCUAUCUGGAUAGGGCCCCUCGGUGGGGCAUAAACGAUCUGGACAUGGACGCUUGAGCCUUUGUCCCUUGAAUUCUAUAGGCGUUCUGGCUGGAUAUUCACCACGCUGGGGCUGGGAAUCAUUUUGCCUUGGCGCAGCUCGAAGGAAUACUAGGAACGCGGGAGCACAGCACGCAUUUCCCGCAUCUUCGGCAUUAUCGACCGAUUCUUUUACGAACCCAUGAGAUGACGACAUCAUGUCACGACAUUCCUUUCAACCAACUCAAUGACCGAAACCUGCUUUCCUUUGUCAUAAGCAUCUGUGAAGCUCGGUCGCUAUUCAACUUCAGAACUGAUAUCCCCGUCAUAUUGCGCGCCCACAGCUCAAGUGUGUCCGCCUGCGUUGAUCAAAGCGCGCUACAGCAUUUCACGCGCCUCACGUGCUUCGAAAGGUUUUCGGGAUUUGGAAUGUUUAUUGGCUCUGUGAGGCGCCCAGGUAUUAUCAUCUGGCCAGAUGAGACAGCACGUACGGUCUGAAAUUAGAGGAGCAUCGCUAUGGCAGCGGGACCCAUGGCAACACGGCUGAGCACUUGUGGGAUUAGAAAAACUUUCCUGUGGCUAUCUUGCUAUUAAAGGUCAUCGGUGCGUGUAGAGGCAUGGCAUGUACACAUAGUUAUCGUCAGCAGGCUCGAAGAUGAAGCCGCUGUAGUCCAUGGUUGAGAUAUAGACGGCUCCCUGAGGGGGUUUGCAGACACAUCAACGCUUUUAUCCGAAGGCACGAUUAAAUACCUAGAUGUUGAGAUUCCCGGCCGUCGGGUGAUGUGUACGGCCGACAGGUGAAAUGCGCACGGGGGAAUGUUCCUGCUGCACAGAAAGACCUCCAGCCACUGACAAGCCACGAUCGCUGUGGUUGUAUGCCAACGGUGUUGGGAAGAUGGUGCUCCAGCCGGGCCAACAAGCGCAGCUAGGCAAUGUCUCAGGAAGACAUUCAAUCAGCCAAUCUGACGAGGCUAGGUAUAAUGUCUGCCUUGUAUGCAGGAUCUGUGGAUCUCGCUAUAGGCCCACAAUCUGAUGACAUUGUGUCUACCACGUGUGACGGCGGUUACUAAAACGAGCUCCUAUUCAACGUCGUCAACUGCUGCGAGCAGCUGAAUGAACUUUAUCUCAUAUGGUAGUGACUCGCCCGGUGUAGGUUUUCGCUCACCUGGCGGAGAGUACGCAGGCUGGCUGGCAGGCUGACUGAUCGCAUUGCAUACUUGAAAUGCACCGACGACACCGAAGCCAGCGACUGUCGUGGAGAUGUGCCGAUGUGGCCUAGGAGACAUGUUCCGUCUAUGAGUGACAGAGGGAGUAAGCCAGUGAACCUUGCUCGCCCCGGCGCUUUCCCAGCAGCAUAACUCGGCGUAACCGGUCAGGAAUCCCAGGGAUGCGUGGUGAGGCCGGUCAUGGGUUGAGGCGCAAUCGUGCAGGACAUGUGUCACCGCCCGCGGAACUCCAGCCUCUCCGCCCAGCUUUCAGCUGACAACAAGGUGAUAGGUUUUGACAUGCCCUGCAAAUCCAAGGGACUUACGGUGAUGUCCUUGAUCAGCACAGGCUGCGUCCUGCAUCGGGCUAUCCACUUUCACGUAGAGGGAGGUCCACGAAUAGCUCCGAGGUCUUGGGGCAUGCAAAACAAGCAGCGUCGACAGCUGAUCUCGGGUGCCAGUGCUAUGACUGCCUGCCUCUCCCUCCGGCUUGUGCCCGAACCGCAAGGAUCCAGCUGCCUGUAAAAUCCCAGCACCACGUGAGCUGAGCCGCUGAUCGACUCGUCUUUUUGCAUUCCGAGAGACAUCGGCUCCCCGUCAUUUCAAACGGCUCGUAAACGUGUGCGAGAAAAAAAAAAUUGCCGCGAGGUUUUGCUUUCCCGCGCGCGCGGUCAAACCCAGCCACAUGGAAAUCAGGGGCCGAGACGCGGUGCGGUAGGUCGGCGGCCAGCUUUCCCACCGCGCUGCGGGUGAACAGCACAUCACGGGUACACAACGCACACAGGCUGCGUGCGUUGCCAGGUCGCAGGGCCAACAGGUGGUAGAACGCGAGCAUAGGGAGACGGGAGGGGCCAAGAGGGCUAAUGUCCACUCGGACCCAGAGAUCCCCAAAAAGAAAAUCCUUUUCUAUUUAGGGGUCCCUAGUGUAACAGGGACACCGAGAUGCGGUGAAGUUC